AAAUCUGUGAAGUAGAGACGAAGAACAACUACUAUGCUAGAGCCGCUAAAUGAAGGAGGAGCGGAACGAGGUGCAGAUGAUCUGCGGACGUCGAUACUGAAGGAAAUCGGGGCUUCAACCUACACUUGUCUGGUGUGCACGGACUACAUCACACCUUCUUCGAAAGUGUGGUCAUGCGACCACUGCCAUCGUGCGUUCGAUCUGGACUGCAUCAAGGACUGGGCAUUGAGAGGCUCUUCCACGCAGGACGAUAAGUCGUGGAGGUGUCCGUCGUGCAACCGAAGUCACAGCAAAAUCCCGAAAUUGUACACGUGCUGGUGUGGAAAGUCUAUCAACCCGACACUGAACGUCUUGGAGCCACACAGCUGUGGUAACACCUGCGGGAGCCCACUGAAGACAUGCAUACACGAGUGCUCCUUGCAGUGCCACCCGGGUCCGCAUAUGGAGAGGUGCACUGCGCUGGGCCCCGUUUUGAAGUGCCGUUGUGGGAGGCAUUCAAAACAGCUUCCGUGCGUCUUAACGCCGUACGACCGUGGCUGGUCGUGUGACGAGGUUUGCAAUGACAUUCUACCGUGUGGAAUACACAGGUGCAAGCAGAAGUGCCAUUCGGGCCUCUGUGGAGAGUGCGAGGAGGAGAUCUCGGUUCGAUGUUACUGCGGAAAGGCAAGCGAAACGAUAGUCUGCCACGAGCGGUUGCCCAUCAAGUCGGAAGAAAACGGGGUGGCUUGGAUCGGAAACUUCGAGUGCAAUGACCCCUGCGGCGAGUUUUUCGAUUGCGGUGUUCACAAGUGUGAACAGAACUGCCACCCAGUGAACAAAGAUAGCCACAAAUGCCCCAACAGCCCACUCAAUCUCAUUUACUGUCCGUGUGGAAAGACCAAGAUUGAUUCUCUUUUAGAUAGUCCGAGAAAAUCUUGUCUGGACCCAAUACCCACGUGUGAGUCUGUGUGUGGCAAACGACUUCCGUGUGGACACAAGUGCUAUUGGAAUUGUCACGAUGGUCCCUGUUCCCCAUGCUAUAGGACAGUGGACGCAGAAUGCCGUUGUGGCUUCACUAGUUUCAGCAUCGCCUGCGCUUUAAUAACACAAGGCUACACUCCAACCUGCACCUUCAAAUGUAACGCCAAAUUCAACUGCAAACGCCACUAUUGUACCAGAGUCUGUUGUGAAUUCAGACAAGUCGCCUUCGAUCGUUCUAAACUAAUCAAAAAGCAUUUGCGUAAAAACAUCAUCACUAGUGCAAUAGCCGAGUCCGUUGAGUUUGAAGAUGUACACACCUGCCAGAAAGAGUGUAACCAGCUGUUGUCUUGCGGCAAACAUCGGUGCAAAGCCACUUGUCAUCCUGGCUCAUGUAGCCCUUGCCUUGAAUCUUCAUCUGAUGAUUUGGUCUGCAACUGUGGUCGUACGGUGGUCCCUGCUCCAGUCAGAUGUGGUACAACGUUACCGAUCUGCCCGUUCCAGUGUGCUAGGCAGACAACUUGUGGCCAUCGACCAGAACCUCAUCAUUGUCACGAAGAUGAUGUUUCUUGUCCAAAGUGCACCAUGCUGGUUACAAAGAGAUGUCAGUGUGAGAAACAAAAUUUGGUCACUAAUGUGAUGUGCUAUCAGGAUAGAGUCAGUUGCUUCAGAUUAUGUGGGAAAAAGCUACCAUGUGGCGAACAUGAAUGUAAAAAAGUUUGCCAUAAGCCGGGUGAUUGCCAAAAGAAGUGCACGGAAAAAUGUUUGAAAACUAGAAAAUGUGGCCACAAAUGCCAACAAACUUGCCAUUUUGGAAAAUUAUGCAAUGAAGCUUUGCCCUGCCAAGAACAUGUUACAGUGACGUGCAACUGUGGAAGGAGAAAACAGCCAUUGCUCUGCUAUACAGUUGCAAAUAUGAUCAAAGAAUCAAAAAGUUCGCAUAAUGCUGAAGUUAAUGGCUCUUCAAUCGAUGAUGAAUCUUUCACUCCUCAUAUAGCAUGCGAUGAAAUGUGCGAGAAGGAACGAAGAAAUCGCUUAUUAUUUGAUGCAUUGGGUCUCAAUCCUGCAAGAGCUAAAGAUACCGAAGUCAUGUUGCGUAUGCGAACAGUUGAGUCAAUAUACACUCCAUUCACCCUUAACAUCUAUGCAAAGCAAGCCGCUUGGUGUAAAGGCAUUGAGGAAAUAUUCAGUCAAUUGUUAGCACACACCAUGGAAUCUUCUUUUAGAUCUUUAUCCAACUCAGAGAUAAAACAAUCUCAUCAUUUCCGUCCCAUGAGAGAAGUCCAAAGAAGAUUUGUUCACGAGCUUGCUGAGUCUUGGGGUCUUUUUUCUGAAGCUCAUGAUCCAGAGCCCCAUCGUUCGGUAUUUGUGAAACUUGUAAAGUCCUCUAAAAUUCCAGAUAUCAAAUUGCAAGAGGCUCACGAAAUCUAUCAGAAAUAUAAGGCUUUAGAAAAGAAAAAGUCACUUGAAAGAGUUUCUAGACAAGAAGAGAAGGAAAAACAUGCUUCCGAUAGUCCCGAGCAUAUCUAUUUUAACGGAAUAAUAAUCAAGGAUGUCUUUUUUGGUGUUACAGUAGAAACCAUAGAUGCCUCCUUUUUUAAUAUUUGGAAUCAGACUGAAAAUGAGUCGAGAAAGUUUCCGUUGGUCAAAAAUGGUAGAGUAGAGUUCAUUUGUGAAAACAUGUAUGUCUUUUAUGGCGAUUCUUGUUUGGAAGAGGAGAAGCCAGCAUUAGAAAAACAGAUUGAAAAAUUGCGCCCUCUCUUUGAUAAAAGAGUCAAGGAUUCGAACUUGGCGCUGAAGUGUAUCCUGGCAAAGGUGAACAUCGAAGAAGGUACCGUCGUUGAAAUGAUGGAUGAAUCCAAUCAUAGAGAUGAAGAAGCGACUGGUAAAGCCCAAAUCCACGAUAAUCUAGUUGACGUUGCAACAGAAACAAUCGACGAUGUUAAAGUCGAAGCAGUGACAGUCCCUUCAGAGUGGUGGUAGUACAGAUUACUUAAUUUUAUAGAUUACAUAGCAUGCAACGUAAAUAAGAUGUCUCAGAUAUUUACUUAUGUUGUUUUAAGAUCCACGAUAAGCAUUGUUCUA